UAGAAUGGUGGUUUGGAAGGUUUCCAAAUUACCCCUGAUUGAAUCAAAAUCGAAAUUGUGUUUCCAGUUCUGCUUACUGAUGUAAAGAAAGGCCAUUACACUUCGCAUCCCCUAUAAAUACCGGUGUCCGUACAACGUCAAAAGAAGCACCAUACUUUGUAGAUCGGAGCUGUAUUCCUCGUUCCAACCUCCUUUUGCAGUUUUAUUGAUGGAGGUGUUUGAUGCCGGUGAUCUUUCUUAUUCCACUUUUGUGACUUCUCUUUUGCUUAUAGAAAGGAGUGGUGAUUCUCAAAUCUUAAGUUCAUUUGAUUAGGAAUACACAUCGAUUGACCUCGACAACAUGCAGAAGUCGGCUGAUGAGAAAAUUUUAAGCUACAAUGAUGUUGUACUUAGGCAAUCGGACCUGGGCAUUCUAAGUGGUCCACACUUUAUGAAUGAUCGAAUCAUUGAGUUCUAUUUCAGUUAUCUUUCUUCAUGCCAUUCACAGGACAUUCUGCUGGUUCCCCCUUCUAUCGCAUUUUGGUUGAUGAACUGUCCAGAUGCUACAAGUCUCAAGGAUUUUAUAGAGCCCCUUAAAUUGCAUGAGAAGAAAUUGGUGAUUUUUCCGGUUAAUGACAAUGAUGAUGUGAGUGUUGCUGACGGUGGAUCUCAUUGGAGCUUACUUGCAUAUGAUAGGAAUGCUAAUGUGUUUGUGCAUCAUGAUAGCAAUCAUGGGAUGAAUAAAUUGAGAGCGCAGCAACUUUUUAGGGCUGUUGUUGGAUUCAUGGGUGAUUCCACUUCGGUAUUUAAUGCUAAGCAUCUGGAAUUCAGUGAUUCGCCGCAGCAAACAAAUGGUUAUGACUGUGGUGUAUAUGUUACUGCCAUUGCAAGAGUUUUAUGUUGCUGGUAUGACAGUAGUGAACACAAAGACAAAGGCGAUAUGUGGUUUUCUUCUGUGAAGGAGCAGAUUACUCCAUCUGCCGUUGCUGAGAUGCGAAAAGAGAUUCUACAGUUGAUCAAAGGCCUUAUAGGAGGGAAAUGAUACUUGUCUGUAACAAAAUGAAGGGAAAUUAAUAGUAAGCACUCACAAUACUCAUCUAACUCUUGAGUUGCCACUUGAAAAGAUCAUACAGAUUAACAUUCAUCAACACUAAAGUUGUAUUCAAUUCAGUAGCCUGGCAAAGUCGAUAUUUUAGUUGAGGCCCAUGAUAUGUAGAACAAGUUUUUAGUGUAAUGGUAUGUUUGUUCGUGUGUUCAUAAUG